AGUAUUUCUAUCAUAUUUUUAAUUUUAUUGUGAAGAAGCUAUGCAAAUUUUCUCGUAAUCGUUAUGCAAAUUAUCAGCAUUCGCCUUGUAAGUGUGAAAUUGACGUACAGGAUAUAAUAAAUUUUUAAAAAAUUACAUCGGAUUAUUUCGAAGAAUAUCAUACAUUUAAAAUGGCCUCAGAUGACGAUACAACUGUAACAAUCCUAACACGUGAUGGAAUAGUAAUAGAAGUAGACAACUCCAUGCUUUGUAAAGAAAGUGAGACAUUUCUUCACAUUCUGGCAUCUGAUGAUUACGAUGGAAGAUCUAGAAUUCGAGUGAAGGAAGAUUAUAAACGUUUUUCAACUUUGAUUAAUUUUAUGAAAGGAAGAGCAAUAGAGAUAAGAACAUUUCAUGACGCAUUUGAAAUUUAUAAACUCUGCAAAAGGUAUAAAAUCAAACUGUUGGAAGAAGAUUCAAAGAACUACAUCAUGGCAUCAAGUACAGAAUUCAUAACAAAAAUUUAUGACGCUGCCGUAAGAUUCGGAGAUUUGGAAUUUGAAUAUUAUUGCUGGAAACAGUUUCGAAAAUUUACCGAUCAACGUAUUAGAGGAGAAGACUUUAUUUAUUCGGGAAAGAAAACAAUCGAAAGAUUUGUGAAUUGUCCGAUUUACUCCAAUUUAUCUGAAGUCUCCUUGUUUAGGGGAUUGUAUGAAUGGGCUAGAAUGAGAGUUUUAAACAAUGGCUUUCUCCCAGAAGCCAAACUUAUUAGAUAUGAAAUGGAACCAUUUCUAUCUAAGAUAAGAUUCUUGAGUAUGACGCGCGAAGAAAUUGAAGAGAUUGUUCAGACAAAAAUAUUGAAGGAUAAUGAAAUAGAAGAAAUAAUGUCUAAAACUAUUUCCCCCAUAACAUCCUUACCUGCCAGUAUAUGUCAAAAUGACAAGAAGAGAACGCUUCUCGAAUAUUCCAAUUUAUUUCGUUACUAUAAUAAGCAUGGGUAUCCUAAAAGUCUGGAACGAUUACUGACUAAAAAGGAUAUGUUCUUUUGCGAAUUAUCAGUUACGUCAAGAGCUUUCCCACUUAAAUUUCUUCUUCCUAUAAAUCAUUGUAAUCCAGCUAUGCUUUUAGUUAAUAUAAAUUUUUACAAGUUAAAAAAACUAAAAACGAUUCACCUAGUCUCCACAACUGGACAUUCUUCCCAAAAUGGAGAGAUAAAUCUAUAUUCUCCUGUUAUAGCUUUAGAAAGUGCAUCUCAUUAUUUAAUUACAGUAAAAUUUUCUCCUAAUAUGAUUGAUCCUGAAAAUAAAAUUACUAUAAUGAGAACUGCUCAGUAUUAUAUUAAACCAGAUGAUACCUUCGAAGAAUGCUCGAAUAGAUUAUGUUUAUUUACGGAAUUAUAUUUUUAGUCCGACAAUUAUUAUAUUCUAAUUUACUAAUCUAACUACUUAUUGCUGAAACAUAUAUUAAAUGUACGUUUUUUUUUUUUGAAAUAAAAUCAUGCAAUGUGGAAUUUAAUAGUUCUUCCUCUAAAAAUUUCGAAUUAUGUAUUGUUUUUUAUUCCUACAAAUUUGUUUACUGAAAAAUAAAUGUAUUCGUUUCAAAACUCUCUAUUCUCAAUAUUGACUCUUUCUGGGCUGCAAUUUGAAAAAAAUUGUAGACCUAAAAUUUCCACUGUCGGCUGUCUGUCCUUCAUUAAUCUCGAGAAUGGAGUUAGAUAGAUGAAAGCCAAGAUCAGAUACGGAAAGAUUAGUGGAAAGAGAACCUCGAGAGAAAAAGUAUGAUGUACAGGGGCAAAACGCUACUAAUUUGAGGUGGAGAGCAUAUAUUUUAAAUAAAUUUUAAAAAGUAUGAUUAAAAAUUGCAGGUCGGCAUUAUGACGACGUCACAAUGAAUAAUUGUUUAUUGGUAUUUUUUAAAA